CUUUCGUUCCAUCACUCGCUUGCAAUGAAAAUUUUCCUCAGAGGUGUUCGUGGCUUUACGCGCAGGCCAGCGUCACCUGCACGCAAAAUCAGGUCGUCGGGGUUUGCAAUUAUUGACGAGGCAGUUGAAAUCGAAGAAGAGCGGAUGCCACAUUAUAAGACUUCCGUCUACUAUCCCGUCCGCAUCGGAGACAUCUUUCAUGAUCGAUAUCAAGUCCUCAACAAGCUGGGGUAUGGCGCAAAUUCGACUGUGUGGUUCUGUCGCGACCUCAGGCAGCACAACUAUGUUGCGCUGAAAAUCUGCAUCAAUAGCUCUAUAGUAAAUCGCGAGGUCGAAGUGUUUAAGCAUAUUGCAGCAACUCGAUCAAAGCACAGUGGAGCAUCCUACGUUCGCUCUAUGCAAGACUCUUUUGAAAUUAAGGGUCCGGCUAGUGUCCAUCAAUGUUUGGUACAGGAACCAAUGCUAGCGAGUCUUUAUGACCUGCAAUGUGCACUAAACCCAAAAAGUUUGACUGAAGCAUUGCUUAAGUCGGCGUUGCAGUAUAUAUUCGCCGGCCUUGACUACCUCCACUCCGAAGCCCACGUUGUACACACUGAUCUCCAAGCUAAAAACAUCAUGCUCGCUUGCUCUGAUCCAACGGUAUUCAAAGAGUGGGAGAGGAUGGAGGAGGAAGAACCAAGUCCUCGCAAAGUCGAUGGCGAUCAAGUAAUCUACAAAUCUCGUCAAGAUUUCGCUCUACGAAAGUAUCUGCAAGCUAUUGGUCCAUGCAUGAUUGCAGAUCUGGGUAUGGCCCGUAUCGGCAAGCAGCACGAAGGCUUCAUACAACCAGAGAUAUAUCGCGCUCCGGAAGUCAUGCUUUGUAUGCCAUGGGGCUCAGCAGCAGAUAUAUGGAACAUUGGUGUGAUGAUCUGGGAUUUAUUCGAAGAAGGACACAUGUUCAGUCCUGGAGGCGACAAUAGGAAAAUCUCCAAUGCGCGUAUGCUGGGCGAAAUGAUUGCUCUGCUCGGUCCUCCCUCACAAGAGUUCCUGCGAAGAGCCGACGAGACUCUAGCUUAUUGGAAUCAUGAAGGCCAAUGGAAAGGAUUCGCAGAGAUUCCGGAUUACUCCUUAGAGGAUUGUGAAGUUUAUCUCGAAGGCGAGAACAAGAAACUCUUCAUGUCUUUCAUGCGGAAAAUGUUGCAGUGGGAGCCAGAAAAAAGGGCCACGGCGCGUGAGCUGCUACAAGAUGAGUGGUUAAAUAGUUCAACAAAAGGGGUUUGAUCGGCCUCGUGGAGUGUUCUGGCAUAUCUCUCUUGCAGUCCUAUAGCCGUAUUAUGAUACAUAUUCACCCAUGAAAAACCGCAUCAUUCCAACAAUUGUGAUAUUCACAGCUAUCACAACUCUGGCUAUGCCAUGCCAUGGG